AUGGAAAAAGUCAUUGAAACCCCCAAAACACUAAAGUACCCUCAGGAGAUGCAGAUUCUUGCUCUUCCAGUAAGCUCAGAACAGACACACACACUCACACACACCUGUCAGUGGACACACCUGCUCUGCCCUCCAGAAGCUGCCCUCUCAGCCCUGCGUCUUCAGAUCCUCCGGGCCGCCGUCCAGAUGGCGCUGUGCAUGACCUCACAUUUCUGCCUGCUGGUCCUACCAGUGAUGUCACUGUUGCUGCUCUUCUGUCCCAUUGGAUGGAGCUACGAUGGCCUCACCCCAGGGUGUCACCUGCACCCCUUCAAUGUUACCAUCCGCAGUGACCGUCGCGGCACAUGCAAAGGCACCCACCUGGUGUACGCCUGCGUGGGCUACUGCGAGUCCAGCGCCUUCCCCUCCAGGUACUCUGUGUUGGUGGCCUCCAACUUCACCCACAACAUCACCUCCGCAUCACGAUGCUGUACCAUCAGCAAGGACUCUAAGGUCAAAGUUCGCCUGGACUGCCCUCGAGGUCGUCACCAUGACGAAAUAGAGAUCCUGACGGCGAAGGCGUGUCGCUGCGACAUGUGCCGCAAGUCCCGCUACUGACCCACCGCCAGAGUAUGCUGCCUACCAAAUGUAGGCUACACCAGGACAAAUACCCAAAGUUAGUCAGUUAAGAGCUGAAAAAGUCUGGUAAAUGAUUGAAAUACAAGCGUUUCAGGAACUCUCCUUUUUUCUAUCUAUGGCCACUUGUUCUGAAUGUUGAAUAAAAUCCACUUUAACUUAUUUAGCUGAAAAAAAAUCGACCUAGUUACUGCCAAGAUUAAAAUGGGAAUUUCACGCUUUUUAAAUGUCUUUAAAGAUUUGUGUGAGUGUCUGUGUGUUUUUUGUUUGUGCUUGUGUAACGUGUGAUGUAAGGGAGGUUUUUCUUGAAAACUUGACUGAUGCACAUUUGUGUUUAAAGGCUAUGUAAACCAUUCUGUCACUCCCGUUUUAUUUCAAAUAGCUGUGAGGCUUGGCAGACACUUGACUUUGAAAGCAGCCGA